AUGGGAAAUUCUUCUUCAGUUCGUAGUGAAAGUAAAGUAGUCAUUAUUGGAGGAGGCUAUGCUGGUGUAAAUGCUGCAAUUAAAUUAGAUAAUUACUGUCACGUUAUUCUUGUUGAUUCGAAGCCUUUUUUUCAUCAUUGUGUUGGAUCACUACGAGCCGCUGUUUCACCUGCUGAGUUUGCAAAGAAAGUGAUGAUUCCUUACAAACCAGCACUAAAACACGGAGAGUUCAAACAAGACAUUGUCACUGGUGUUAGUCUAUCUGAUCAUUAUGUUAUUCUUGAGAGUGGAGAAAGAAUUUCAUAUGAUUAUUUGGUAUUUGCGUGUGGAUCUUCCAAUGAUUUCCCAGGAAAACUCCCAUUUGGUUCAUCUAGACAAGCAUCUGAAGAAUUGUAUCAGCAACUAAGUGAUAAAAUCAAAGAAAGUGUAAAUAUUGUCAUUAUUGGUGGGGGUCCUGUUGGAAUUGAAAUGGCUGGAGAAAUUGUUGAUCAAUACCAGGAUAAGAACAUUCACAUUAUCCACAACAAAACAACAUUAUGUGAUCCAUCAUUGAAAUCAAAAUUUUAUGAAAAGAUUCUUUCCACAGUGAAGGCUAAAGGCAUUAAUGUUAUUCUUGGAGAGAGAGCAAAUCUUGAAGAAAUAAAUUUUCCUAGUAGUAUUGGUUGGGUCUCUGGACCUGUCAAAAUCACAACUGAUAAUCCAGACACAAAUCUUGAUGCGGACCUAGUUCUAAAAUGUAUUGGUAUGAGUGUUAACAGUAGAGCAUACAAGCAUAAUCUGCAGGACAAAAUGGACGAGAAGAAUCAACUGAAAGUGAAUGAAUAUUUUCAAGUUGAAGGAUUUGAAAAUGUUUUUGCUCUUGGUGACUGUUGUAAUAGUAAAGAAAUAAAGGAAGCUUAUGUUGCAGGCUUACAUGCUGACCUCGUUUCAAACAACAUACGCUGUUUACUGGCAAAUAAACCUUUGAAAAAAUACAAGAUGUCUACUCCAGCUAUAAUUGUUCCAGUUGGUAGUGACGGUGGGGUUGGUGUGUUGCCCAAUGGAGUCGUUAUUGGAAAUUUUCUUUCUAGGAACAUAAAAAGUCGUGAUCUUUUUGUUUCCAAAACUUGGAAAUUGCUCAAACAAAGCGCUCCUUAAAGAUGUACUAUGUUAACGUUUGAAACACUCAACAUUUUUGAUGAAAAUAUUGCAAAGACAAAUUUUACUAACUCAAAUUAAAUGUUUAACGCAACCAGCUAAUGUAA